AUGGUGAAGGAUCCACAGCUGUUGCUAACGAAUUUAAAUUUAAGUGAAUCCACGAUCAGAGCUAUACACGAACGUGCGAGUAAAAUAUAUGAAUCUCUUAAUAGUGCAACAAACGACAGUAAUAAAAGAGCAUCAUAUUCGAGAAAUAUUGUAAUAGAGAAGACGGAAAAGGCUCUCGUAUUGUGGGUUAAAGACUUAACUAAAAAACGAAUCCCCGUUCAUAAAGAAUUAAUUCAAGAAAAAGCUAGACAGUAUUCCAACCAACUGAAGGAUUUAGAACCAAGUUCGUCAUCCUGUUUACGAAACGUGAAAUUUUCUGCGAGCAAUGGAUGGUUUGCUGGAUUUUUACAACGAUACGCACUUCACAAUGUGAAGAUACAAAGCAAGGCAGCGUCCGCCGAUGAAACAGCUGCUAUGAAUUAUCGCAAAGUAUUAGCGAAAAUCAUUGAUAAUGGUGGAUAUUGCCCAGAUUUAGUAUAUAACGCACAUGAGAUUGGAUUAUUCUGGAAAAAAAUGCCCAGCCGAACAUUCAUUGCGAAAUCAGAGAAAACUGCAAGUGGUUUUAAAACGGCAAAGGAUCGAAUCACACUUCUUCUUUGCAGUAAUGCCUUUGGUGCAAAGAUGAUAACACCAUUUAUUAUAAAUAAAACCUUACACCCAUGUGCGCUAAAAGGCGUAAAUUUAUCUAAAUAUCCAGAACACUUCAUGGCCAAUAAAAAAGUAUGGGUCACAUCAGCUGUAUUUGCAACAUGGUUCAACGAUUCUUUUGUAUCAGAAGUUGAAAAAUACAUGGAAGAGAUAGGUCUUCCGUUUAAAGUGUUGUUAAUUGUAGAUAAUGCACCCGAUUAUCCCUGUAUAGUACAUCCUAAUGUACAAAUAGUGUUUUUACCACCAAAUACUACUAGGCUUAUACAACCACUGGAUCAGAGCAUAAUCGCAAAUUUUAACACAUUUUUGACCGGUCACGAGUUAACUCGUGUUUUCAUUGCCGAACGUUGUUGA